CGUACGUACAUAACAAACAUAAUCACACAUGCAUAACGUCGCGGUCAUCAACACAAGGCACCGGAAAAGCUAAGUAACAUCGAUCGCCUUGAUAUAUCCAUUGAUUGCCGUGAAAUAAUUGCGCUGCAUGCACACAUCACAUCUUUGGUUAAUUAGACAGACUUUAAAAGGGCAAAAGAUCAGACAAUUGGUGAACCGGAAAAACGGCAGAGGGUGUACCGUGGAUUGUCGCCUUUUGACGGUAGGCACCAACCAGCAAUCAUUGGCCCAUGUCGUGGGGUCGUGCUACAGUGGUUUCGUGACAUUACGACGUGUUCAAUUCAAUCAUCACUGACUUUACAAGGCAACCUGAUGAUUGCCGUACCACAGGUAACUUGCGUGUGUUGAGGAAAGGGGUUGUAAUCUCAAGUCAAAAGACAAACAACCGCUCGAGCCGCCCUGGAAAGUGAUAUUUUGAGGAGAGCAAUGAUCGUGUCAUGAUCGGGUGUUGAGCCCAGUUAGCGGGACUUCCGGAUUUACUUGUGCCGAGUGAAUGCCCGUAGACACGGCGCGUGUGUACACGUAUCAUGGCCGGAGCCGACACCCACAAGCGGGUUCAACACCUGAAAGAUGUUGAAGUGCCAGAAUGGAUGAUCAAAGGCAACAAGUUCAUCAAAUGGGAAGAGGAGUCCAGCACAGCAACGCCGGUUACACUGCGCGUGGACAAGCAUGGACACUUUCUGUAUUGGAAGAAUCAAACGAAGGAUACUGAUUGUCUUGAGCUGACCAGCCUUCGCGAUACAAGAUACGGCAAAUAUGCAAAUGUUCCCAAGGAUGGCAAAUUACGAGAGACGUGUGUCAUGGGAUCUCCGGACACCCCCUUGGAAGAUAAAACUCUGACCAUCGUCCACGGCUCGGACAUGGUCAACAACAACACGCUCAACUUCUGCUCCAACAGUGAGAAGCUCACACAGGAAUGGGCAGACAUGAUUCUGAAGAUCGGUUACCAUCGUUCCGCCCAGUAUCCCUCUCCGUAUAAACUUUUGGAAAAAAUUUACACAAGGCUGACGAUAAUGGUUAACAAAGAAGGAAAAGUGCCCCUUAAAAGCAUCAAAAAGAUGUUUGCAUCGUCACGGGAGGACAAGAAGAAAGUAGAAAACGCUCUGCAGGCCGCAGGACUUCACCUCGAUAAGAAGGAUGACAGUAUCACUCCCGACAGUUUCCGUAUUGAAGAUUUCUUCACCUUCUACACCCGCCUCAUCAGCCAGAAAGAAAUCGACAAAGUCUUUCAAGGACUAGGAGCCAAGAAUAAACCCUACCUGACCACCCAGCAAGUGAUCAAGUUCCUGAAUGACGAACAGCGAGAUCCCAGACUCAAUGAGAUUUUGUAUCCAUUCUACGACGUCCCACGAGCCAAGGAACUCGUCAAUGAGUUUGAACCCAACAAAGCCUUCAUGAAGAAAGGCCAGCUGUCGGUGGACGGUCUUCUCCGCUAUCUAUUGAGUGAAAAAAACUCCAUUGUGGGACCAGACGCCUAUUUACUAUGCGAUGAUAUGGAGCAGCCCAUAUCCCAUUACUUCAUCAACUCAUCCCACAACACAUACCUGACAGGUCAUCAGUUAACGGGUAAAUCCUCCGUGGAGAUGUACCGCCAAGCCCUGCUGUGCGGUUGCCGAUGCGUCGAGUUGGAUUGUUGGGACGGGAAGACGGCCGAAGAAGAACCAAUCAUAACGCACGGCUUCACAAUGUGCACUGAGGUCUCCUUCAAGGAGGUCAUUGAAGCGAUCAAGGAAACAGCAUUCAAAACCACCGAUUUUCCCGUCAUCUUGUCCUUUGAGAAUCAUUGCGGGCCAAAGCAGCAGGCUAAGAUGGCCAACUAUUGCCGGACGAUAUUUGGUGAAGCACUUCUUGUGGAUACCCUCGAAGCAAAUCCGAUUGAGGUUGGCGUAUCACUUCCUAGUCCCAACGCACUCCGAGGCAAGAUUCUUGUCAAAAACAAGAAGAGAAGGGUGAUAGAUGGGGCCAAGAAACGAUCAGCUCAAAAGAAGGCAGCGAAAGAAGGCGAACGUAAAGGCAGAGGACGUCUCACCAGCGCCUCGUCCUUCUCCUCUCAUUCAUCUUUUGACAACAAUGAUGACGAUUUUGACUUCCUGCCCAGCCACAGAACGUCCAGACGAGGGACAGGUCGUAGGUUAAACAGCCAGUCGUCCAUAGACAGCGAGGUUUCUGUCAGUGAGACGGCCAAAAUAACACGAGGAGUCUCCAGAAAAGCAAGCAAACGGUCUCAGCUACUUCAGAUCGACGAAAAAGAUAAUGACCUUUUUUCAUCUGAGGAUCACGAAGUGUCAGUAGUGUCCAAUAAGUUACGUCGCGAGAGCCAAACGUUAAGUCCAAAUAUGGAUGGCGAAGUGUCGUCCAAACGUCGAGAGAGCCAGUCUAGCAAACGAUCGAGCAUAGACAGUACCAAUGGGGAAGUUCUAACCAGGCACCGCGAGAGCUGUAGCAAAGAGCCGUCCGAGCGACCCAUAGUUGAAGAGGGGUCAGUGGUGACCAAAAGCCGGCGUGUUGGUCAAUUCCAACGUCCGGCCAUUGACAUGGCGGGAGAGGAAGGUCAGAUUAACAAGAUUCGGGAAAGUCCCUCGGCCAGCCCCAGGCCCAGCCCCAUGCCUAGCCCCAAGCCUAGCCCCAAGCCCAGCCCCAGGCCCAGCCCUAGGCCCAGCCCCAAGCUGCCAAAGAAGGAUGAAGAGGGCGGUGAAACGCUCAAUAUGUCCCGAGCCAAGGAUGAAAAUACAAAUCGCAAAGCCAGUACAGAAAUUGCGCCAAAUGCCGCUCCGGAAAGCCAACCCAAACGAGUUAUUUCCCUAGGACGGAGUGCCUCCAUUCCAGCCACGAAGACGUUCUCCACAGACAGUGAACGGAGUGUAGACAGCAGUAUGAGUAAAACGCCCAGUGACACCUUGGAUGAAGUUGAAGAAGAAAGCGACAGCGAUGAUGACGAGGAGAACAUGAGCAAAGAGGAGGCCCAGCGCCAUCAGAUGGAGAAGAGGGAAAAGGGUACAGCAGGUCAGGAAGCAGAGGCUGGCAGAGAGAUGUCUGCCCUGGUCAACUACAUACAGCCUGUCCACUUCCAUACCUUCGAGGCUGCUGAAAAGAGAAAUCGCAGUUAUGAGAUCUCUUCCUUUGUUGAGACGUCGGCAAUGAACAGAGUCAAGGAGAACCCCAUCCAAUUCACCAACUACAACAAGAGACAACUGUCGCGUAUCUACCCCAGGGGAACCAGGGUAGAUUCCAGCAACUACAUGCCUCAGAUUUUCUGGAAUGUCGGAUGUCAGAUGGUUGCAUUGAACUACCAGACACUUGACCUUCCCAUGCAGCUCAACAUGGGCUACUUUGAGAUCAACGGCCGGACGGGCUACAUCCUCAAGCCGGAGUUUAUGAGGCGUAAGGACCGUCUCUUUGAUCCGUUUGCUGAGUCCACCAUGGAUGGAGUAGUAGCAGCAACUGUGGAAGUUAGGGUCAUCAGCGGUCAGUUUCUGAGUGACCGUCGGGUCCACACAUACGUGGAGGUGGACAUGUUUGGCCUUCCAGCUGACACGGUGCGUAGACGCUAUAAGACCAAGUCACAGACCUCCAACUCCAUCAACCCUGUCUUCGAUGGGAAUCCCUUCGUCUUCAAAAAGGUGAUUAUGCCGGAGUUGGCCAUGCUUCGCAUCGCAGUCUUUGAAGACAACGGCAAGAUGGUCGGCCACAGAAUACUGCCGGUGGAAUCACUCAGACCUGGUUAUCGUCACCUCUUCCUGUGCAACGAGUCCAACCAGCCCCUGAUGCUCCCCACCCUCUUCCUGAACAUCAAGGUGAGGGACUACGUCCCCGAGCGGAUGACCAACUUUGCCGAUGCCUUGGCCAAUCCCAUCGCUUAUCAGUCCAAGGAGGAGAAGCGAGCCGCCCAGCUGAAGGCCCUUGAAGAGGAAGAAGAGGUCAAGCAGGUCAAGAGCCAGGAACAGGCAACGGAGGAACAGGAGAAUGGUGAUGACGACACUCCAGACCAGCCAUCGGCGGAACGUAGAGUCUCCCCUGCCCCGGCUCCAUCCCCUGCCGGCACGACGACGGGCCCAGGAAAUUACCGGAAAAACACCAUCCCUUCGGUUGAAUCCAACGGUUUGAAACAGAACGCUAAACUGCAAACCAGCUUGGCUGCUAUCACUCCAUCCUCCUCAUUUGGAGACAGCUUGCCGAUACCCAGAACCAGAUCCCUGGGUACCGCUCAGUUUCAGAUGGAAUCACUGGGCGCCCCACUCAAUCAGAACAACCGCAGCAUUAGCGCACCCAAUCUGGGCCAAUCAGAGGAAAUUCAGGCUGCAAGGCUAGAAGACAUCAAAGAUCACAAGAAAUACAAGAAGGUGGUGAUGCGUCUGAACCAGGAGCUUGAGAAAUUGAUCAAGAAAGAAGAGAAGAAACAGAGCAAGAUGAAGCGGACUCACGACAAGGACCUAGUCAAGAUGAAGAAGAACCACCAGAAAGCCUUCAAGUCUCUGACCAAGAAACAAUCCAGCCAACUCAAGAAGGCGGCCAAGAAGGGACAAAACAUUGACGAGAUGAGACAACAGCUAAACGAGGUGAUGGACGCUCUAACGCGAGACAAAGAGAAUGAGAUUCUGAAGAAGCAAGCAGCUCAGGAGACGGCGUUGAUAGAGCUGUACAAGAAGCACUUUGCUGACGAGAGAGAUUUGAAGAAAGAACAUGCAGAGAUCCUGUAUGAACUCCAGAUGGAGUUGAUGGUUGCCGUCCAUGAGAAGCAGUUGGGAAAGCUGGACAGUCAGCACAAGAAGGAGGAAGUUGAUUUAAGGAAGAGACUGGAUGAGAAGAAUGCGGAGGACUUGAAGCAGAUGAGUAAACGGCGAGGCGACAAGCAAGAAAUGAGCAGGUUACGACGAGAAAACCAGCAGAAAUACAUUCAGCAGGCAGUGCUUUCCAGACAGACGUUGCAUGAGAUCCAGCAGAAGAAACGAGAGGAGCUGGAGACGCAGAUGAAGGAACUGCAGGAGGAACUCGCUGCGGAGGAAGAUACGCAUGCAGCAUCACUGGAUGCAGAGUACGAGACCAAGUGCCGACAACUCCUGAACGAUCUCAAGAACAACCAGUCAUCGUCUGGAGGAGGACCUGUCAUCAUUGCCCAUAGCAACGGGGUAGCAACCAGCCAAGAGCAGGUGGGUGUGGUCGGGGUCAACGGAGGUGUGGAGGUGGAGGCGGUGAUCGAGACAAACCCCGAGGGAAGGUCCGACGAGACGGGGGAGAUUGAUCCUCCGUGCCCAGUCAAGGCGGUACAGUCAUCAUCAUCAUCGUCAUCACAGGAUUCUCCUGAGGAACAAGGGAGUUCUUCUCCCAAAUCUGUUGGUGGUUCCCAUCCCCCGUCACCGACCAAAUCAGCCGAGUCUCCGUCGGGAAGGUCGCCUCGCAAGAAACCAGUUCCGACUCCGGAGGGUUCGCCAAAGAAGUCGCCCGUGAAGACGACACCUGGAGAGGGAUUGCCCACAGAGAAUGCCGUUGACACGCCACAGGGGUCACCCACAAAGAGUGCCAUUGAAAGUCCAGAGGGCUCGCCUAAGAAAGCUCCGGUUAAGACACCAGAGCGGUCGCCUGUAAAAGCAGCUGAUGAAAUCCCGGCGGGAUUGUCCUCCCCUUCAAAGGGAGGAGGGAAAGUGAAAGCUAGUUCCCAGAUAAACGGAACUGAGGAACCAGAACUAACUGCCUCCCCAGUAGGCGAGCCUGCUAGGAGGAGUCUAGAUAUGAGCAACGGAGAGCCUGAAUUCAUUACACGAUUAUGAAGGGAGACAGCGACCAUCUUGAUUGGACAGGAUAUCUGGAAGGAAGGCAACAAAGCACCGUGUAAUGUCGCACGAAUGCAAGGGCAUGAUCAAAUCCAGAGAAAACAAUUGUAUUCACUGUCUUUUUUUUUACUGUUUAAUUGUGCACAAUUCUUGUAACUGGUGCUAAUUGUCUGGGAUUACAGUGCACAUUCCAUAAGAGUAGGACAGAUAUAUGGUUUGGACACCCCACUCUGAAAGAUUUUACCUGCACUUUUGUUUUAAUAUGUCUUGUUUUUUGUUUUUUUAACGGGAGCACAAAUUGCAAUCAACAUAUAUGUUUACAUUGUACACAGAACUUCCCUUGCUUUUAGAAAAAUGAAGUUUUCAGAGUUUCUUCAACUGAUUGUUCUUUUUUAACAUUUCAACCAAAUCCUUUGUCAUUUCCUCUAGUUUUUA